AUGGAGCUGAAGGCCGACACCACCAUCGUGGUGCUUGGUGCUUCUGGUGAUCUGGCGAAGAAGAAGACAUAUCCCGCCCUCUUCGGUCUUUACCGCAACCAAUUCCUUCCCAAGAACAUCAAGAUCGUCGGCUAUGCUAGAACAAAGAUGGAUCACGAGGAGUAUAUUCGGAGAAUCCGUUCGUACAUCAAGACCCCCACCAAGGAGACCGAGCAGCAGCUCGACGACUUCUGCAGCCGGUGCACCUACAUCUCUGGCCAGUACGACCAGGAUGAGUCCUUCCAACGCCUCAACUCGCACAUCGAGGACCUCGAGAAGGACUUCAAGGAGGCCCACCGCCUGUUCUACAUGGCCCUCCCCCCCAGCGUUUUCACAAUGGUCUCGCAGCACCUGAAGCGCUGCUGCUACACGACGAAGGGCAUUGUCCGCGUCAUUGUCGAGAAGCCGUUCGGCAAGGAUCUGGCCAGCUCCCGCGAGCUGCAAAAGUCCCUCGAGCCCGAUUGGAACGAGAAGGAGCUGUUUCGUAUUGACCACUACCUCGGCAAGGAGAUGGUCAAGAACAUCCUCGUUAUGCGCUUUGCCAACUCGUUCCUCGGCGCCACCUGGAACCGCCACCAUAUCGACAACGUCCAGAUCACCUUCAAGGAGCCCUUCGGCACCGAGGGCCGCGGUGGCUACUUUGACGAGUUCGGCAUUGUCCGUGACGUCAUGCAGAACCAUCUGCUGCAGGUCCUGACCCUGCUGGCCAUGGAGCGUCCCAUCUCCUUCUCGGCCGAGGACAUCCGCGACGAGAAGGUCCGCGUGCUGCGCGCCAUGCCGGCGAUCGAACCUAAGAACGUUAUCAUCGGCCAGUACGGCCGCUCGCUGGACGGCUCCAAGCCCUCGUACAAGGAGGACGACACCGUGCCCAAGGACUCGCGCUGCCCCACCUUCUGUGCACUCGUCGCCUUCAUUAAGAACGAGCGGUGGGAUGGCGUGCCCUUCAUCAUGAAGGCCGGCAAGGCCCUCAACGAGCAGAAGACGGAAAUCCGGAUACAGUUCAGGGACGUCACCUCGGGCAUCUUCAAAGACAUCCCGCGUAACGAGCUGGUGAUGCGCAUCCAGCCCAACGAGAGCGUCUACAUCAAGAUGAACUCCAAGCUGCCCGGUCUCAGCAUGCAGACCGUCGCCACCGAGCUGGACCUGACCUACCGCCGCCGGUUCUCGGACCUUAAGAUUCCUGAGGCCUACGAGUCGCUCAUCCUGGACUGUCUCCGUGGCGACCAGUCCAACUUUGUCCGUGACGACGAGCUGGACGCCAGCUGGAGAAUCUUCACGCCGCUGCUGCACUACCUCGACGACAACAAGGAAAUCGUGCCUAUGGAGUACGCCUACGGUUCUCGUGGUCCCGCCGUUCUCGAUGACUUUACCGCGUCCUAUGGCUACCGGUUUGCCGACAACGCGGGCUACCAGUGGCCUACGACGUCGGCUGCCCAGCCGCCGAAUACCAAGUUGUAA